AUGGCAACGAGUGGUUUGGUUUGCAUUGCAACUAGUUCACUAAUAAUAAUGUCAUUGAUGUGGAUGGGCGAAGGUAGAAUUCCUGGUGUUUACUCUGGGGGUGCUUGGCAAACUGCUCAUGCUACCUUCUAUGGCGGUGCUGAUGCCUCUGGCACCAUGGGAGGAGCUUGUGGAUAUGGAAAUCUAUACAGCCAAGGGUAUGGAGUGAGCACUGCAGCACUGAGCACGGCACUGUUCAACAACGGGUUAAGUUGUGGUGCUUGCUUUGAAAUAAAGUGCGCAGAUGAGCCAACAUGGUGCCACUCAGGCAGCCCAUCUAUUCUCGUUACUGCAACCAACUUCUGCCCACCAAAUUAUGCCCUUCCUAAUGACAAUGGAGGCUGGUGCAACCCUCCUCGGCCCCACUUCGACCUUGCCAUGCCCAUGUUCCUUAAGAUUGCUGAGUAUCGUGCUGGUAUCGUCCCUGUUGCCUACCGCCGAGUGCCAUGCCGCAAGAGAGGAGGCAUAAGGUUCACAAUAAACGGAUUCCGUUACUUCAACUUGGUAUUGAUCAGCAACGUGGCUGGCGCAGGGGAUAUCGUGCAGGUGAGCGUGAAAGGUUCAAAGACUGGUUGGAUGAGCAUGAGCCGUAACUGGGGUCAAAACUGGCAGUCAAAUGCUGUUCUGGUGGGUCAGUCACUCUCUUUCAGGGUCAGGGCCAGUGACAGACGCUCUUCCACUUCAUGGAACAUUGCCCCUGCCCACUGGCAGGGGAGGAGACUGAGGCUGAGGCGGCUGCACAAAAGAUGGUUAGCCCGCUGUCUAGAUAAUACUACUAGUUCUAUAGUAAUGAAAUUGCGCGUAAACGCCGGUAAUAGGAUUGCAGAUUCCUUUAGAAUGACCUCAGGGAAAAAGACAGGGAACGAAAAGGGAGAAUCUAAGAAACCACUAGUUAACGAACCAUUAGCCAAGCAAAGCACCAAAGUUGCACUUGCACAUGGUGUGGGGUUGGGUUGGUUGAUGCUCUGUGCUGCAUGUGGGUAG